AAAUCCAAUAUCCAAUAAUCCGAUCAAAGAUGUGACAGUGACAAAUACAAAAUACAAUUGAAGUUAGACGCGUUUCUUGUUUCUCAACGUAAUUUGUCCUUCAAACUAUCUCGGAAACGGCAACGUUGGAGUUGAGGACACGCACGCGCAAAUUAGGGAGCCGCUCCUCUUGUGAGGUAGCAACAUGUCAUAUGUCAUGUAGCCGCAGCCUGCGCAGACGCAGAAUAUUUAUUUCGAUUCAACAUGUCAUCAAACAACGAUCGAUAAAGUGAUUUUUUCUGUUUAAAUUUACAACUGAAAUUUGUUAAUAAAAUUGAAUUGAAUAUGGAAAUGAAGCAAGAGGCUAGUGAGACAACUUAUAAAAUAGAAACAGAUUCUGAGGCUUCUGGUGUUCCUUUGGAUGUCUUCAAAAUUGAAAUAAAGGAAGAACUUAAGAGAGAAACUGUAAAUGAAGCAUAUUAUGAUUGUUUAGAGUCAAAUGUGUCCUCCGUAAAAACUGAAGUAGAACAAGAUGAAUAUAAAUUUACACCAUUUGAAGAAAAACACACAACAAAUGAAGAGGGUUAUCUCCAAGAAGAAAUCAAAAUGGAAAUUAAUGAAACAUUAAUUGAACAUACAUCUGACGAAGGAAAUUAUAUGGGUCGAUAUUGUGAAGGAAAAAAUUUAGAUAAAAAUAUGGAAGUAGUGACUGGACAAAGAUCUUACAAAUGUGAAAUUUGUUAUAAGCAGUUUAGUGAAACUUGCGAUUUAAAAACCCAUUUGAGAGUGCACACUGACGAAAAACCGUACAAGUGUGAAACUUGUUUAAAGCAGUUUUCUAAAAAAGCUUUAAUGAAAAACCAUUUCAGAAUACACACUGGAGAAAAGCCCUACGCAUGUGAAAUUUGUUUUAUGAAGUUUAGGGUAGCAGGUACUUUGAAAAAACAUUUGAUAGUACACACAGGAGAAAAACCAUACAAGUGUAAAAUUUGUUUUAAGCAAUUUAGUGAAGCAAGUAAUUUGAAAAGACAUUUGAGUGUGCACACUGGGGAAAAACCUUACAAGUGCGAAAUUUGUUUGAGGCAGUUUUCUCAGGGAAUUACUUUGAAAACGCAUUUGAGAGUACACACUGGAGAAACACCUUACAAGUGUGAAACUUGUUUGAAGCAGUUUAGUGCAGCCAGUAGUUUGAAAACACAUUUGAGAGUGCACACUGGAGAAAAACCUUAUAAGUGCGAAAUUUGUUUUAAGCAGUUUGCUACUGCAAGUCAUUUGAAAAUACAUUUGAGAGUGCACACUGGAGAAACACCUUACAGGUGUGAAGUUUGUUUUAGGCAGUUUAAUGAGGAUAGUAAUUUGAAAAUACAUUUGAGAGUGCACACUGGAGAAAAACCAUACAAGUGUGAAAUUUGUUUUAAGCAGUUUAGUCAAGCUUGUAGUUUGAAAACACAUUUGAGAGUGCAUACUGGAGAAAAACCUUACAAGUGUGAAAUUUGUUUCAAGAAGUUUUCUCAGAGUAUUACUUUGAAAACGCAUUUGAGAGUGCGUUAUCUCCAAGAAAAAAUCAAAAGGGAAAUUAAAGAGACAUUAAUUGAACAUGCAUCUGACGAAGGAAAUAAUAUCAGUGGACAUGCUGAAGGAAAAACAUUAAACAAAAAUAUGGAAGUAGUGACUGGACAAAGAUCUUACAAAUGUGAAAUUUGUUAUAAGCAGUUUAGUGAAACUUGCGAUUUAAAAACCCAUUUGAGAGUGCACACUGACGAAAAACCGUUUAAGUGUCAGACUUGUUUAAAGCAGUUUUCUAAAAAAGCUUUAAUGAAAAACCAUUUAAGAAUACACACUGGAGAAAAGCCCUACGCAUGUGAAAUUUGUUUUAUGAAGUUUAGGGUAGCAGGUACUUUGAAAAAACAUUUGAUAGUACACACAGGAGAAAAACCAUACAAGUGUAAAAUUUGUUUUAAGCAAUUUAGUGAAGCAAGUAAUUUGAAAAGACAUUUAAGUGUGCACACUGAGGAAAAACCUUACAAGUGCGAAAUUUGUUUGAGGCAGUUUUCUCAGGGAAUUACUUUGAAAACGCAUUUGAGAGUACACACUGGAGAAACGCCUUACAAGUGUGAAAUUUGUUUGAAGCAGUUUAGUGCAGCCAGUAGUUUGAAAACACAUUUGAGAGUGCACACUGGAGAAAAACCUUACAAGUGCGAAAUUUGUUUUAAGCAGUUUGCUACUGCAAGUAAUUUGAAAAUACAUUUGAGAGUGCACACUGGAGAAAAACCUUACAGGUGUGAAAUUUGUUUUAAGCAGUUUUCUCAGAGAAUUACUUUGAAAACACAUUUGAAAAUGCACAAAUAACGGCACGUGGCACUUGGGGAGUGUCGACUGAUGUGACCACACUUGAGUCCAGUAAGUGACCGUUUUGGAGUGUAAUUUUCACGUUUUUGACGUUGGUUGCUUUUGCUUGGGGGAUUACAUUCACCCCUUCUCGGCGGUGAAAUAACGCGCGUUUAAAGUAAGUCCGGAAAUGGAUAAACUGACAAAUUCUAAGCAACUUUUGUUCUAUAGAGUUUUUUACGUAAGUAAAUGCUUAUUUUGAGUUAUUUGCAUUGAAAAUGUUCGUUUUUUGACAAAAAACACGUUUUCAGGCGGUUUUUCGAAAAUAACUGAAAAAGUAAAUAUUUUAUCGAAAAAUAUAUUGCUUUUGUGACACAAUUAUGCCACCUUACUGUUUUCAGCUCCCGCACAAUCAGGCGCCGAAAGUGUUUAUCAAGAACCUUUUUUUAUACAAUGAUUGAUUUAUGAGGGACCCUAAUUUAAAGAAGGAUCUCGACAUACCUUUUUCUAAUAAUUGUUCUUUUGUUAUUUUACUAGAAAAUUCGAUUUUACGUGCUCUAAGUUAUUAUGUAAAUACUCGUUUAUUCUGGAUCAUUCUUUUACAUUCGAGAUGAUUAAGCAUUAUAUAAAUAAGAGGGAUUUGGAAAUCAGCAGUUAGUUGUGAAUUUGAAUACGUCGCUGUAUUUUGAUAUGUAUCGUGCGCGGAUAAAUUUGUAAUUAUGUAAAUAAAUUGUUAGUUUUGGUGUAAUAAAUAAAUUAGAUAUCGUAGUUUGUAAAAUAAAAGAUAUAAAAUCA